AAUGAAAUAGAAUUUAAAAGAAGAUUUCGGUUUUCCAAAAAUUCAGUAAUGUUUGGCAUUUUACCUUUAAUAGAACAAGGACUUGGCAAAAUAAAUAAUCGAGGCCUGCCAAUAUCUCCUGUCAUACAAUUAUUAAUAUGUUUACGAUUUUAUUCAACAGCAAGUUUUCAGCUUGUUUUAGGAGACAUAAUAACAAUAUCACAACCAACAAUUUCACGUAUUGUAUUGAGAGUGUCCAUUUUAUUAGCCAGUUAUAUUAACAAAUAUAUAAAAAUUCCAUCAUCAGAAGAAUCAUAUCAUGAAAAUAAACGAUUAUUUAAAGAACUUGGACGUGGUACUGGAGGUAUAGGCUUUCCUAGUAUCGAUGGUGCAAUAGAUUGCACACAUAUUCGUCUAGUGAAUACACAACUUUUAAACAUUGAUGAAAUUUUUAGAAAUAGAAAAGGAUAUUUUUCUUUGAAUGUUCAGGUUAUUGUUGGACCACGCACUGAAAUUCUAGAUAUUGUUCCAGAAUGGCCAGGUAGUCANCACGAUAGUCGAAUCUUACAAAAUUCUCGCAUAUUUAUGCGAUAUACACAAGGCCAAUUAGAUGGGAUGCUUGUUGGAGAUGCUGGAUAUCCCGCAUUGCCUUUCUUACUUACGCCAAUUAGUGAUCCCACAACAGAUGAAGAAACAAGUUAUAAUAUAAUUCAUAAAAGAACAAGAAUAAUUGUAGAGAGAACAUUUGGUAUAUGGAAACGUAGAUUUCCAUGUUUAUCAAAAGGGCUUACUACAAAAUUGUCAACAUCUACAACAAUUGUUGUAGCAUGUGCUGUUCUUCAUAAUCUCUCCCUGAUGUUUAAUGAUAAGUUAGAUGAU